AUGACGGUGAUCACAAUUCGGUUGGUUGGAGAACAAGAAGAUCGUUUAUUCGAAGGAAUUGACGUGGAUAAUCAGAUUUUGUAUGUUGACCUGAAGAAGCGUAUUGAGACUAUUACGAAGAUUAUUCCCGACUUCCAAGAAGUCCGAUUCCGUGGUGAAAAACUAUCCGUCGUGGAGUAUCCUAUUCGGGACAUCAAGUUUGGCGAAGAGCUUGUACUGAAACAUUCUCUUCUGGAAUCCUGGCGUCCGUAUUUGUUGCUUUGUGAAAGCGCCAAAGAUCUCAAAAAAGGAAAACAUGAACGAACAAAGUGUGCGCAAAGAGCUAUAGCCAAUUCACAACAACUCGAGGAUUCCGGAUUUUUCGAAGCCUACGUGAACUUUGUGACAGUUUGGAUCGACACUAUCGGUCAAAUGAUGAGACUUGUCGACCGAACGCGAAACGCUUUUGAACAAAGCGCUACAAAAUUCUUCACCAAGAUGUUUCCCAAUUCAACAAUAAGCUUUAAGCCUAAGCAAGGCGGUAGUCGAGAAGGGAUUGUGGUGGCUGUCACUUGCAAUGGAGAAGAGACACUUUACUAUAUGAAGACUUAUCAUCACGCCGGUUCUUCAACUUCCCUGCGAAAUGCAUCAAAGCGUCACUUGCCGGAUCUUUGCGAAAUGUUCGCAUAUCGAUUUCUUGAACUUAUUGGAGUUGGACCUGUUGUAUUCUUCCCAUUCUAUGAUGGAUCGACAUACAUUCACUACAUUGCAACAAAGGAAGUCAAAGAAUUCAAAGAGUUGGACAAAAUUGAGGAUGUUGUUCUGCAAAAUAAACUAGUUGUUGAGGCUUACCUGCUCUCACUUAUCCUUGGCAUACGCGACUUGAAUGAGGGAAACAUUGGUUCAACCAAGGAGAAAGCCCUGUCAAUCAUUGAUUUUUACGUUCCGGAUACUGACAACUUUCUACGACGGAAAAUACUCGAUGAUUUGAAGAAUAAGAGCAACUUUGGUGGACUAGGAAAAGCCAAUGAAAUUCUCUCUGAAAUAGGCCAUGAAGAGAGGAUGAAAAUAGUCAAGGAUGCCCUGCCCCGUUGGAUUCGAAUCAAAAGCAUAACAAGCGAUAUCAUUGAUAUUGAGAAAAGCGAAUUACGGGAACAUGGAAUAAAGUACUGCGCCAUCGAUGGAGGAAUUUUCUUCGAAGACGGAACCCGCCGAUAA